AUGUCCACCAAAACCCUGAAAAAACCCUUCGAUACAAAACACAAGCACACAAAGACCACAGCGUGGUCUAACAGAGACGAAGAAGUUGAGCUCUAGUAUACUCCAAUGGCGGCGAAGAAGCAGGAGAAAAGCGGACCAAAGAAGAGGAAGCAAAUCCCAGGAACUAAGUCCGAGACCUAUAGCUCCACUUCCAAGAAGCCCAAGUUACUCAACUCAAAGCCUUCCAAUCCUCGAAGCAAUGACUUCAAGAAACCCUCCAAACCUUUCAAACAACGAGAACCAGGGCUUGAUAAUGAGAAGCAGGUCCCGCUGUCAAAGAGAGAGGGUCGCCUCCGUGCCAAGGAGCUUGCAGAGUCUAGGAAGAAGAAGCGGAAGCGUCAUUACAAUUUAGAACAAGAGCUUGCACAUCUGUGGGAGAAGAUGCGUCGUCGGAAUAUUUCUAAAGAAGAGCGAUCCAAGUUGGUGAGUGAAGCGGUAGAAAAAAUGAAGGGGAAAAUUCCUGAAAUUGCAUGCUCCCAUGUUUCUUCUCGUGUUCUGCAGACUUGUGUCAAGUACUGUUCACAAGCGGAAAAGGAUGCGGUAUUUGAGGAGCUUCAGCCACAUCUUCUUACUCUUGCAUGCAACACUUAUGCUGUUCAUCUGGUGACAAAAAUGUUAGACAAUGCCUCCAAAAAACAGUUAGCAGGGUUUAUCUCGUCUCUCCGUGGGCAUGUUGCUUCCCUUCUACGUCACAUGGUUGGAUCUGUAGUCGUUGAGCAUGCAUACCAAUUGGGAAAUGCAACACAAAAGCAAGAACUUUUGGUGGAACUAUAUUCUACAGAACUACAGUUGUUUAAGGACUUGGUCUCGAAGAAAGAGGGCAGGUUACUAGAUAUAAUUUCAAAGUUAGAUCUGCAGAAAUCUUCAGUCUUGCGGCACAUGACUUCAGUGAUUCAACCAAUUUUAGAGAAAGGAAUAAUUGAUCACUCUAUAAUACACAGGGUGUUGAUAGAGUACUUUACAAUAGCUGAGAAGUUCUCUGCCACAGAUGUAAUUAAACAGUUGUCAGGUCCGCUUCUUGUUCGGAUGAUCCACACAAGGGAUGGAUCUAGGGUUGGGAUGCUCUGUGUCAAGCAUGGCAGUGCAAAGGAAAGAAAGAAGAUAAUCAAAGGAAUGAAAGCCCACGUACGUGAUAUAGCUCUUGAUCAAGGUGGAAGUAUGGUGCUUGUUUGCCUUCUUUCAGUUGUUGAUGAUACAAAGCUUAUUACUAAGGUUGUCAUUCACGAGCUUCAAGAAAAUCUGAAAGAUCUUGUUCUCGAUAAGAAUGGAAGGCGCCCAUUACUGCAGCUACUGCAUCCAAAUGGGUCACGCUAUUUCACUCCUGACGACCUGGCUUCUCUCAGUUUGUCUAUCCCUUCUCUAUCCAACAAGGUUGAGUCAGACACCCAAUCUGAAACAAAAUCUUCAGAAGUUAAUAGAUCUGGUGAAGAGGCCAGUAGUGAUUUGGAAGUGACAGUAGAUGAAGCCAAUACGAAUGAUGAUGACCUCCACUUAGUUGAGGGUGGAAAGAAGGAUCCUUCCAUAAGAAGGCAAGAGUUGUUAGUCAAGAGUGGGCUGGCUGAGAGGCUAGUUGAUGUAUGCACUGAAAAUGCAGGGGAAUUGCUUAGUUCAAAUUUUGGAAAAGAAGUCAUAUAUGAGGUUGCAACUGGGGGUGAUGGUGGCAUUCUACACCCAAUUCUGGAUGAAAAGUUGAAUGCGUUAUAUGAAGCUAUAGCAUCUCUUGUAGCAGAGCCUAAAUCCGAAGAAUCAAAGGAGGAAUCAAUGGAGGAAUCAAAAGAGGAACACAUCUUGGAAAAUUUCCAUUCCAGUCGGACCAUUAGAAAGCUAAUCUUGGACUGCCCCACCUUUGCUUCCACCUUAUGGAACAAAGCACUGAAAGGAAAAUGUGAAUUGUGGGCCCAAGGUCACAGCGGCAAGGUAAUUGCUGCAUUCUUAGAAUCUUCAGACCCUAAGGUACAUAAACUAGCAAAGAAAGAGUUGCAACCGCUGAUAGAUGGUGGUAUUCUCAAAAUCCCCGAGACAAAAGUAGCCAGUGGAGCAAAAGAAUGAGGAAAUUGCUCACAAAGAACAGAAAUGGCAUGGUGAUCGCUUGCUAAAUAACAAAGUGACACCAACUCUCUGUCAUAACCGGCAUAACUCUUUCGACUAAAUGCAGUUAAAAGUGAACUUACAAUUUUGUACGAGUGUUGUCUUUUUCUUAUUAUAUUGUUGAAAUGUGGUUGGUACAGUCCCAAACUAUUAUAAAAUUUGAA